AGUAUCACUGGUGACCGGAGAGUCGAACCAUCGAUCAAAAUAUCCUUGAUGAAUCAGUAUGAGGAGUCACAUACAAAGCAGCACAUGCUGAUAUGUAAUGUGUUUGGCUUCUACCCAUCUGACAUUGAGGUGACAUGGUACCGGAACGGCCAGGAGGAGACCGAGCUGGUUCAGUCUACAGAGCCCUAUCAUAAUGGUGAUUGGUCUUACCAGAUUCUGGUGAUGCUGGAGACAGAGAUUCAGAAAGGCGACACUUUUACCUGCGAGGUUCAUCACAGCAGCCUGAAGGCCCCGCACCGAGUAGACUGGCACCCUCAGUCAUCAGAUGCAGCUAAAAACAAGAUGGCCACCGGUAUCGUGGGAUUUGUGUUAGGAGUUGUAUUUUUCACUGUUGGCCUUGUCAUCUACAUGAGAGGAAGAAAAGGGCAAACGUCAUUCCCAGGACAACAGAAUGAACGCUUUUUGUCACAGUAAUCUGGAUCCUACCUGUUACAAUCCAGCUCAGCUUCCAGCUGUUUCGUUUCUAAUGCAAAAAGGAGGAGUUUCCUGAUGUCUAACUUUCACCAAUGAGUCGGGAUCUAUAAAUAUGCCGUGUAAUUAUGCUCUGUAAUGUGUGCGGAAUUAGUUUUGCUGAUGCCCUUAGUAUAUUGAUUAUCUGAUUUGGGAAUUGAAGAAGCUUUUUUAUUAGCUCCAGAUGUUUGUUUUGUUGGUAGUUUAAAGAAAAGAGUAAAAGAAAACUUCAGAUCACUAGAUAAAC